UUCCAUCCCCAUCUGCCAGGCAGAGGCUACCAGUUUCUCGCAAAAGGUCUCGGGGCAGCAAUGUGGUUUUUCAUCUUCUAUCGUGCCAAGCAAGAUGGGCUGAAGUUACUGGGUGCGCAUCCGUGGGGCCAUGGAGAGCACGGACACGAUUCACAACAUUGA